AUGUCCGCCGCAAUCGUAGAGGUGAAACCUCCCGCCCUAGCAGAGGAGAAAAAGCAGUCGGUUUCUGGCGAAAAAACGUCCGUGAACGUCGCCGCGAAACCAGUGGUUCGUGAUUCGAUUCCUAAUCGUACAAGUCCUAUAGACCAGAUCGUCGCGCGAGAGUGGGUGCGACACUGUCUACAAUUGAAUCAUGGGUGUGACGCGUGGGAUGACAGCACUACAACUGGAACCGCGUCUAAACAGUUUGCCACAGUCCCUUCCAGCAGCUUAUAUGCGCAAAUCAAAGAAGACAAGAAAGCCGUUUCGUCGAUGAAAUUGAAGCCUCUGGCUUUGCCUACUGUGAAGGAGGACAGCGUAAAAAUAACUGGAACAAAUAAUACUGGAACCGGUUCUAACAAGCUCAACCACCCUCCCUGGGACUUCCGAAGCCCUGCAUUAGCAGAUCGUAACAGUUUCGACGGAGGGGCGUUGAGGCAAGGUAGGAAAAGGGUCAUGAAUGCAUCUACAGAUUGCCAAUCCAAGGUGGCUGACAUACGCUUUGGAAAAGAGACGGACCCAGCUUCGUUGAAGUCAGGUACAAGUAUGCCUUUGGAUUGGUUACGUGAUAUCCACAGAAGAUGCAUGAAGAUGUCAUAUCUCUACUAUUGAUUUGAACUAUGCUAAUAUAUUUCAAUUAUCUCAUCACACACUCAACAUUCCUAAGAAGUGCUAACUUAGUUACGCAAAGGCUGCUCCACUCUGUUGCUAGCGAGAUCAUCUAGGUCUAAUAUCGAAUCAAGAAAACGCAAUCCACACAACUUGUACAGCAUUCCUGAUCCGAACCGAAGGAGAGCGCAUCUCCGAUGAUAUCAAGAAUACUCGCGCUUCUUUGACGAAGGACAAAACGGCGCGGACUUGGUCCCAACCAGAGGCAGCGCGGUACUUCGAAGCCAGUUGCAACAAGGACACGAAUUCGGAUAAGCCCUCAGUUGCCUACGCGACCCGAAAGCCAGGAGAUGCGGAGGAGGGCAAGGAAAAAGUGCGAAUCCCAGUCAAUAAGGACGCAUUUUUGCAGUCGAGUUCGGCAGUAUCGCCACACGGACGAUGGGAAUCUGAGAAGGAGAAGAAGCAUAGAGAAGACUACCAAAAAAGAAUGAAGAUGGUGCCUGCACGAUAUAGCACUGCGAAAAAGAAGGCGGUGUAGAAAUUCAUAUGGAGGCGUUGUAGUUCGAUCCCAACGUAUAACGGAAAAUAGCGCAAGGACAAGAGUCGAUCAUCCAAUAUUUUCUAUCGUUCAAAGGAAAAACAUUUGUAUCGAAGUACUUAUGUGGCCGCCAGCCACUUGUAGUAGCUGAAUAGAGUCUGGCUUUUCCUGUAUUAUACUUUUUAGCUCCUAGUAAAAGGCUAACUAUUCUGUGAUUGUGAAGAAAACGUAACUACAGGGAGUCAAUAAUCCCACCGUAUUUUCAUUGAUUCAAACAACAAGAGAAAGUCCGACAAACAUUUUUCAGGUCAGUCACAAGCAGACUCUCUUCGAAGUUUCCAUGGUCACCCAAAGGACUAUUCUUCGAUGUUAAACAGACUGUCUCUGGUUGUUGAAUUUUGUUGAAUUUUCUGUGAACAGAGGUGACUUGGAAAGUAAGAAAUCAU